CUUGUUGUCAGCAUUGUGAUGUGACGUUUCAUUUUAAGGUGAUAUGAAAGCUGAAAUUAAGCGUCAUGUCUCUGGAUAGCCCACGGACAUCUGUCUUCACUUUUCAGUCGGCUGUUCACAGUAUGCACGUUCUGCGCGCCUUGGAUGAACAGAGACAAAAGGAUAUCCUGUGCGAUGUUACGGUGGUUGUGAAGAAUAGGAGUUUUCGAGCUCACUGUUCGGUGCUGGCAUCCUGCAGUGACUUCUUCCAAACUCGAUUCGUCAGUCACAGCAGUCAAAACAGAGUCAUCUCUCUACCAAAAGAUGUGACAGUUGAAGGGUUUGAACCAUUGUUACAGUUUGCUUACACUGCAAAGCUUCACUUCACCAAAGAAAACAUUUUUGAGAUUCACAGAUGCGCUGAGUUCCUGGGAUUUCACAAUCUCGAUAAAGCCUGUUUUGAGUUUCUUGUCCCCAAGUUCUCUGACAUCAGCGGAACUGCACAGGAAGUCAAAAGAAGGGGCCACAGCACGGAGAAAGUCUGUAAUGAGAAGUUACCCAGCCCAAGUUCAAAUCAUAACACAGACAAAGAACAGCCUUCUAGUGCUGAACCUCAAAAUGUACAUUGUGAUGGCAGCACCACAGAGACUCAGAGUGCUUCUAAUGCACCUACUUUACAGUUAUCAGAGCCAAGAACCCCUGUAUCUUUAGAAACUGCUGUGCAGUUAGAAUUGCCUCCACAGUGUCCAAAGAGUCCUGCAUUCCAAGUUGGCAACAGCCAAGACCAAUUUUGCCUGCAGACCUGUGGCCCAGAAUUGCUGCCAUCCUCCUCCGUACCAGCCAGCGCUGUAUGUCCAUUUCUUUCAGUGCCAUGCACUACUGACAAUCAGAGUGAAAAUACAGCUGCCACAGCUGGCUGUGGUGGUGGCAUUUUAGAGCUGGGUGAAGCGUUUCAGAAUGAGGAACCUAGGGGUGCUUGCGCUCUUCCUGAAAAAUCCUCUGUUUCUGGAGAUUUAAACAUGUCAGAGAUUGCUGAAGAGCACUUUGAUCAACCUGUUGGGGCUGUAGUACCUGCAAAUAAUUAUGGUUCACUGUGUCCACUAAACACCACAGAGGCCAGUGAGGUACUGGAGAACAUUGCAGCAGCAGCAGCUGGGAGUCUCGAAGGUGUGCAGGCUGAAGACAACCUGGCUUUUGAGUCCAGUGAACAAACCUUCUCUGAAUUAGCACCUAAAGAUGGAUCUUCAGAGAGGAGUAGUGUGGAGAGGGAGGUGGCAGAACAUCUCGCGAAGGGCUUUUGGCCUGACUUAACCUCCUCGCUAUCUGAGCCACUGCCGCUGGAGUCUACGGACCAGUCCACCUCAGGGAAUGCUGCCGACUUUCACUGGCUGAAGCAUCUGGACCUGGGUGCCGCACCAGAUGACUGUCCGUUCCUGAGGGAACUGAACUCCAACGAUGUGCAAAGCCCUGCAGGUGACAGUCUGCCCCAAGUAGAGAAGAGUCCGUACAUGUCCUCCGUCAAUUCAGGGCAAAAUUCUGACUGUGAUUCUGCAGAAGAUAGCGAGAGUAACCAUGAAUCACAAAGGGUUGAGCUACCUUUCCCAGUGGAGCAGAUCUCAAGUCUAAGUCGGGGGGCUUUCCUCCAGCUACUGAAGCAGCAGCAUCUGACCCCGGAGCAGCUGGAGUAUGUGCAGGACGUAAGGCGGCGCAGUAAGAACCGUGUAGCUGCGCAGCGCUGUCGCAAGAGAAAGCUGGACUGCAUCCACAAACUGGAGUGUGAGAUAAAGAAACUGAGAGCUCAGAAGGAGAAGUUGCUCCAGGAGCGUAGCCAGAUGAAGCAGAGUAUGGACGAAACCUUGCAGAGCCUCUCGGGUCUGUGUCAGAGCGCGUGCAGCGAAAACGUCCCGCAGCCGGAGCAGCUUCAGGCCCUCGCAAAAUACUUAUCUCCGGAAAGCGCUACCUCGGUCCUCUUGACACCCAUGUCUUCCCCUAGCCUGUCUGUUCCAGAACGGGACCUUCAGUCAGAUGUCUCUCUUAGUUCCUGUUCCAAAAAGCUUCCUGUCGUGGAGACUUUGAUCUCCCCCCAACCUGAUGGUAUGAAAUUUAAGCCCACCUAUGCUCAUCAAGACAGAACUGAUAGUGCUGGCACUGAACCGUCUGUCCCGUGAUGCAGUGUAGAAACUUCUCUUAGCCUUUCUCCAGGUUUCCUUCAGGAGCUGACGGUUAAACUAUGUACUUCUAUACAUUCUCUUUCCUUUUCUACUGCACUUAACAAUUUCAUAAUGUUUAUG